GCUGCUCUACCUAAAACCGAUAUCAGUCAAGUGGAAGUUUCAAGAAGCAAACGCAAACGUCGACAACGAUAUACCCCGAACCCCAACAAGCGACAUCAUGGCUCCCGAAACCUCUACCCCGCCUGCUGAGGGCGGCCCUGAGGAGAUAGAGGAAGAUUUCGAGACAGAGAAACAAGACAAGGGUGAACAAAGUCCUCGCACCAGCAGCAACGACGCUAUUAAGGGAC